CCUUGAUGUUACCCGGUCAGGCAAGCCCGGGCAUACCCAUGGAUUGUGGGGUACCUACGAAGCCUCAGGAGGCUAUUCUAGUGCAUCGAUGCUGCUGAGAACAAGCCAGGGCCAUUGAAGUUUGGAGACGGUUGCCAAGUCCUAGUGUGCUAGCCCCAGCCCUGCUUCACUGUAUUCUGUAUCCCACCAUGCAGGACUCGCAAUCGCCACCCGAGCUACCAGUCUUCCCGGAGCGCGACGAGCAGGGCAGCGGCGAUCUGCCCACAUACGACGACCUUGCCACGCAGCAGGGCCCGAACUCAAGGUUCGGGCGAUGGAGGCAAUGGAUAGAGAAGAGGGCGGCCGAGCGAUACACAGAUAGCACCCCGGAGGAUCUGCAGCGGCGGAGGGCAAGAGGGUGGGGAGAAGGUACCAACCAGAGACAGGCAGAGCUCUCGGCCCCUGCACCCGCUCGCUACGCCGCACAAUCCUCGCGACCACUUCCACCUACGCCCCAGCUGCACAUCCAGACUGACGUUUCCGCCGCGGGCUCCUCCACUACCCUUCCACCAACCCAGACACCGAGCCUUCUGCCUGAACCCUCACCGCCUGCGACGCUCGUCUCGGAGGCCCUCUCGCCUUCACGACUGAAGCUAUAUCAAUUCGGUUCUCGCUUCCUUCCCCAUACCACUACCCCCAUACGAUGUCUCCUUCCGCUGUUGAACGACCAAAUCCUGCUGAUCGGCCAUGACAGAGGGUUGUCUGUCCUUGACAUGUUCCCGCGUGAGUGGACGGACGAAGGGUUGACGGAGAAGGGGCCAACAGACGCGGAGGUAAGGGCAGUUUGGGAGGGAGAAGCCGUGUACCAGAUGUCUGUGCUGGAAAUGGAGAGCACGGGUCAAGGGACUCCCCAGGGUGUCGUGCUUGCCCUCGUAGGGCCCGUACAGGACGACUCCUCGAAGGAACAGGAGGGGGUCAGAACGCUACGGAUGUAUAACCUCGCUAGCCUUGUAAGCCUCGCCAAAUGGGCGAUUGCCCAAAAGGGACAGAAUACAUUAAACCUGCGACAGGUGGGUUAUGGUGCUGGGAAGCACGGUCUAUCCAAGAGGCAUAGGCAGCAAAGCAGCCUGACAAAGGGCCUCCGGAAUCUCGUCAUUGAGUCGCCCAUCGCGCAGCCACAAACCCCACCAGACUCUAAUGCUGAGCCGCAAGCGUCGUACUCGGAUCUCGCGGAUGCACCGAUGUACUCGAAACGCCUACCGCCCCGUCCCUCAGAACAACGAGCGGAGUCGGACGACUCACAGGCCUCUUGGGAUACCUUGGACGAUAUGCAUGAUCUGCCGUUGCUUUGGGCUGCUCAUUAUACCCCGCUUGCAUCGCCUGGCUCCCGGUUACACAAUGCAUCGGUGCUGUUCUACGAGUAUUAUCGCAAUGAGAACACACGUAGCAGGGGCGGCGUGCUCCUCGCGGUUGCAACGAAAUCAAACAUCUUCCUCUAUGAAGCACCGAAAGGCGAACGGGCGUUCCACCUCGUGAAGGAGUUCUACACGCCGCUGACAGCGAGGAGUAUCUCCUUCGUCCAACAGUCCGUGAUCGACUCUAUGUCGCGCAGUUCUUCGGACGUCUCGCCUCGCAAAUCCGGAGUCUCGCGAGAUCGACAUUCGCGGGUCGUAUCCCUAGGCCCCGACAGCUACCGAUACCCCAACCAGCUCGGCCUCUUCGUCAUCUUCGAGAAGAAAGCCGGGCUCAUCCGAAUCGCGGACUCGGCUGUCGGCGAGGUAGACUUAUACGAGGAGAGCGGCGGCCUGCAACACCUGCUUAACCCAGGGACGACGUCGCCCAUCUCCCGCAGGUCACGCUCCUCCUGGGACGGUCGAGGCUUCACCAAGGAACACAAGGGACUCUGGGUGGCACCGGUGAAGUUCAACCUACCUUCCAUCGAAGGUGCAAGUCGACCACUGGCUCAAAGCAUGUACGUGCUCACGCGCGGAAGGAUCUCACACGUCGUCCCGCAUCCACUGCCUCCCAGCGUGUCCGCCGUGCCUCCAAAUCGCGUCCUUGUAUGGUCGUCGCAACCGACCAACAUCAGCUGCAGGGUAUGCACGCCCGCUCGCGACGAGAACGGACCACCGCCUUUCCUGCAAGUGGUCGCAUUCGGCGAAGGCGGUAUUGAGGUGCAGGAAGUCAUGCUCUCCACGUUGCUCCAAGCGGAACGCAAGGGCAAGAAACGGGACGAUGAGCCUGUGCGUGCGUCAGUCGAUAUAGGCGGUGAUACUGGGUACCUUGGCGUCGGGGGCCACUGGAGUCGGCCGUACUAUGCCCUGACUCGCGCAUCCUCCGUCGCGAGCUAUGACUCCGCUGAGAGUGGCUGGUCUGACCAGACCCUCGCAGACAGGCUGCGUGCACAUCAGGGCAUCUACGGCUGGGUGAGGAAGGGCCUAGAGGACUGGCGGGUCUUCUGGGUGGGCGGUACCGGAGCAGAGCACGAAGAUGAAGAUGACGAUUAUGUAUGA